AUGAUUUUUUAAAUAAGUAAAACAUCUAAUCUAGAUAAUCCUGAGGGAUAGAAAUUAUAUAAAAAGUUUUUUCAAUAUCUCGAAAAAAUGUGCAAAAUAAAUAUAAAAUGCAUAAUAAUAUAGGUUUAUCAGAUUAAUGUAGAAUCCAAAGAAUAUAAUAAUUUUAAAAAAGCAUAUAAAAUUCUUCAUACAUAGAAUUAUGUUACUUGGCUGAAAUUAGAUAUGAUAGUGUUUAAGAAGCUUUUUUUAAGUAAAUUUACAUUAAGGUUUCUAUAAUUAUGAGUAAAUGCUGAGAAAUAUUAAUUUACAGUAGAAGUUUUGGAAGCUGGAAUAAAGCUUAGAGAUGGACGCAAUUACUUUAUAAGAGAGCUUCUGAUUUUUCAAAGUCUAAACUGAAAGUAAAGAUAUAAUUUUUAUUAGAAAAUUUUGAUGAAAUAUGGGUUAAAUUAGAAAAUGUAAAAAAUAAUAACAAUGAAUAAUAAUAGUUUAAUAUGAAAGAAUUGAUUAAGGAAAAGCUCAUAAAUUUAUAUUAUAGGCAAUAUAAAAAGAUAUAGAGAUGCAGUCAAUAGAAGUAAGAGAGAAAUUAAGAGGGAUGAUAUUUGUUACAAGUGAGAAUUAUUUAGAAUUGAAAACAGCAGUAUGGCAAUAAGAUUAUUGUAGUUUUGUAAUGUAAUUGCAAAAAUAAAUUCAGUAGCAAAUGUAGAGAAUAAGGAAAGAGGUGAUUUAAGAGUUAAUAUCUAUUAUAAGCAAAAGCUAUAAAAAAAUAAUAUUGAAUUGGUAGAGUUAUUAAUAGAAUAUGAGACAUAAUGGGAAAAGGUUUACAUUAUUUUUAGAACCAAGAAAAUAUAUAUAAUUAAUGCUAUUUUCUUAUAUAAUUGA